AUGAGUGGAACUAGCGCACCUGCAAUUGUGUUUUCUUGUUGCAGCAUUGUGUGGCUGAUCCCGCCAGUCUUCGGGUUCAUCUUCGUGCCUCUGCUCGGCUCGGUGAGCGACCACUGCCGCUGCCGGUGGGGCCGCCGCCGCCCCUUCAUCCUGGCGCUCGGCCUCGCCAUCAUCCUCGGCUUCGCGCUCUUCCUGAACGGCGACGCUCUCGUAACGCUGAUCGCAGGGGACGUGAGUAACAGCCCCAAGAGAGCCGACCGGAACACCAUGCGCACUGCCACCCUGGCCGUCAGCAUGUUCGGCGCCAUCUUGUUCGACUUCGCCGCAGACUUUAUUGAGAGUCCGAUCAAGGCUUACCUGCUGGACAACUGUGUGGAGAGGGACCGUAGGCGGGGUCUGGACAUGCAGGGAGCGCUCUCAGGUUUGGGCGGCUUUCUCGGCUACGCGACUGGUGCGAUCGACUGGAUAGACCUCGGCAUUCCCCCGGGCUCAGAAUACCACGUCAUCUUCGGCAUUUCGUGCUCCGUGUUCACCCUCUGCCUGCUGCUGAACCUGGUCAGCAUACGGGAGGUCCCGCUGGACGACCUGACGGCAAACUCGCCGGACAAUGGUGACAGAAAGCCGGGGAGAGAGGAGCCAGUCCCGCCUCAGAACCCCGAAGCCGUGGUCGCCCUGGACCCCAAGUAUGGCGUCAUGUACAUGAGCGAUGAUCCUGAUCUUCUCCAGGACGUGAUGACCUGUGAUGACGGGCUACAGAAGGUGCUCGUCACGACCGUGUUCGGGGGAGGGGAUCAGUCUGACGACGGGUACGGCAGCAUCGCGCAGUCGGAGGAAGGUAGCAUCGACACCGCGGAGGACACAGACACUACCGAGCUGGCCCAGCGGCUGUCCAUCACCGCCUACUUCAGAUCGAUCCUCCGGAUGCCCAAGGAACUGGCCUGCCUGUGCGUGUCCCACUUCCUCGGCUGGGCGAGCUUCCUGUCCGUCAUGUUGUUCUUCACCGACUUCAUGGGCCGGGGGGUGUACAAGGGGAACCCGAGCGCCCCGGUGGACAGUCCUGACAGGGUCCUGUACGAACAGGGCGUGAUGAUCGGCUGCUGGGGGCUCACCAUCAACGCAGCCUCGUGUGCUCUCUACUCAAUGCUCUUUGGGCGGAUUCUAAACCACCUGUCGUACCGGACCAUGUACAUCUUCGGGUACUUGGCGUUCGGCGCAGGGAUCGGCAGUAUGGCCAUCAUCGCCCAGCUGACGGAGGUGCGCUGGGAGAUCAUCUUCCUGUGUCCGGUCAUGGGGAUUAUGUACGGCACCCUCAACAACAUCCCCUACAAACUCAUCUCACGGUACCACACCAGUCAAACGUACAUUCGGUGCGGCGUGGACGGGUCGGAGCGCCGCGGCAUGGGGAUCGACUGCGCGCUGGUGUCCUCCCAAAACCAGCUGUCUCAGAUCGUCAUCGGCGCCAGUAUGGGCUCCAUCGUGGCCGCCGUGGGCAGCGUCAUCUCCGUGACGGUGUGCUCCAGCGUGCUGGCCUUCACCGCCUGCAUCGCCGCAGCCUUACUGGUGCACUACGACGUCGACAGGCGAGAGGACGGGGAGCCAGACGUAGAAGACUUACUGUCUAGUAUGUGAUCUAGUGUUUGAGAAAUUGAGAAAAUGUCUUCAAGAAUGUCUGUCAAAAAUGACAAGGUUUAAGCCUGCGAGUUUUUUCAGCCAUAAUUGGCUUUAUGAAGGGCGCAGAAUAUGUAGCUAUUGCCAUGGAUUUAUAAAGUUUGAGUAGAACCUAGCACUGCCCUGUCUUCAUUUACGUGCUGAAGACAAUUUUGUUUACAAGGUGUGUCAAGAUAACAAUUGAACGACAACCAGGUAUAUAUUUGGAUGAGGGAAGCUGCAUAUACAUGUAUGUAACAAAAAGUGCACGUACAUAUAUAGCAACUUAUUUUAUACGAAUUUGUUUAUAAUAUACGAUAUACCCUACAGUAUUUAUAUACCUCAUAUCCACGUAAGCAAAGGCAAGAUAUCAUGUAGCAGUGAAUAGGAGAAGAAUGUUGUACGCCUCACAAAAUCAUAAAAACAACACUCGUCACACGUAAAGUGAAUCAAGAGUAAGAACGAUGCACUAGACUGUUGUCAUAUUUUCAAUGAAUCAAGAGUAAUAAACACUAGACUGUUGUCAUAUGUUUUUCAUAUACUAGUACUAGUAUAUAUUUCGAUAAUACCCCCACACGAGAGGCGGAAUAAACUAGAAUGUCAUCUGGAAGAAAUUUGUUAGUAUUUUCCAAUCCUGGAUAUUUGAAGUGCAUUCUAGAAAAUUCUUCGUUCUAGAUUCCAAAUAUUUGUGACCAUUCUUCGAGGUACAUUCGAAGUGGAAAAAUACCAAUGGGCAUUCGAAGUGUAUUCUAACUCAGUAUUCUAACAGCACUCUAAAUACUCCAACAGCAUUCUAAACGCGUUCGAAACAUUCUGAUAG